AUGGAUGCCAAACCGAACCAGGGCCCACCCGGUCUCUUCCAAAUGGUCCUACCAGGUCCGAUCAAUGGCUUCUACGUGUUUGUGGUGCGCCAAAAGUUUGCCUCAUUGGCACAGGAGGUUCUCAAGAACCUGGCUGCCUUCCUUAUCUCUCACCUUGAGCUCUGGCAAGAUCUGAAGCACCAGAGGAAGACCUGCCACACUUGGCUCUGCUUGGACCACUACAACCGAACGGUUACCAACGCUAUGACCUGGGAUCAAACCCAACAUUGGGCACUCUCUGAGUAUGAGAGGGACGUAGAUUUGGACCAGCAAGUGGAAAAGGACGAUAAUGAGUGGAUUGAGAAGCUCCUUGCAGCGGAGCAGGCUUCUCCGGAAUUUGAGGGCACCAUCACGAUUGACCUUUCGAUGCCAGCUGCAAAGGAUAUGGAUGAUGGGGCUACGGUAGGAAGCGCGGCAAAUAUGGCAGCACUAUUGGAGAACAUGAAAGCGGAUGUCAACAACCUUUGCACGGAACUAGAGACUGCGGCGGAAAAACUGGCUCAAGCUAAGGAUGCGGAGGCUGCCAAGGACGCUCGUAUCCUUGAACUGGAGGCCAAAAUGGCGGAACAAGCAUCGGUAACAGGCAAGCACCGUUCGUCAAGCCCCUCUUCCAGCAAGGCAACAUCAUCGGCUGACAGUGGGGGUGGCCCCCCCGGCGGUGGUCCCUAA